AAGGGGGAAUGUGAAUUAACCAGCCACAGGUGUAUAUAAGCAGCAUGGGGGAAAGCCUAGUCUGUUCCACUCCUGUGCAAGUUUCUCUGAGAUUAGGCAGCGUUGGGUUAUCUUCAUAAUGUCUGGUCGUGGCAAGAAGGUUCAGAAGCCUGCAACUGCUGGCAAGUCUUCCAGGUCAUCUAAAGCAGGUCUCCAGUUCCCAGUAGCCCGCCUCCACCGCUUUCUGAGGAAGGGAAACUAUGCAGAGAGGAUUGGCUCUGGAGCAAGCAUCUACUUGGCAGCCACUCUUGAAUAUCUGUGUGCCGAGGUCCUGGAGCUGGCAGGAAAUGCAGCCAGAGACAACAAGAAAUCCCGCAUCAUGCCCAGACACAUCCAGCUGGCUGUCAGGAAUGAUGAUGAACUGGCCAAGCUGUUUGCUGGUGUUACCAUUGCAGAUGGGGGUGUCUUGCCCAACAUCCAAGCUGUUCUGUUGCCAAAGAAGACUGCAAAAGGCUCGUCACAGGAGCCCAAAGCUGCCGAGUCUCAGGAGUUUUGAAUAAACAAGUAUUUAACUUUAUGUACUUGUAAUUUAACUUGAUAAUGCACUUAUUUUAUCUGUUUUGGUUUGAAAUUGUUUAUACUUUUCUAUUAAAAUUUGGUUUUUAAUGUA